AUGCAUUGGGGAUCUUUGUGUCCGUGUGCCCCUGCUCACAUCGGGCUCACUUCCAAGUCAAGUGUCAGGUCCCUGCGCCGAGCGGUGGCGCGCACGUCCGAGCUUCUGUCGCUCCGGAAGACGAGUGCGCGGGAUCAACUUCGAGUGGGCAGCUACCCGGUCCCACCUGAGGCGCACAUCUGGUGGGCCAACCGAUCGCAGGUGCCCGGAGGAGAGAUCAAGCAGACUUUCUCCCACCUUCAGCAGAAGAUCAUGUGGCAGUGGUUCUGGAACGCUCCGGCUCGUUGGUACUGGCGCUUCUCGGUUUGGGCUUGGCCUGCUGGCGUGCCGUGCCUCCUAAUGUACAUCUUCGUCUACAAAUCAUGUGAGUGCGAUGUGGAAGCAUCUAUCAAAGCAAAAACCUGGUGGUAA